AUGCAGGGUGUCAUUGGCGCACCUUUAAAGCGGUCGGACACUCUUCCGACUGCCGAUGCGCUUCAACCUACGAAGGCCGGCCUUGAACGGAGUCACUCCAAUCUUGAACUCAUCAAGCCCAAGACCUAUACCUCAUAUGCUUCUGCUCAAGAUAUUCCCUACACCCCAGAGAACGCGUUAGGAGAGGGUGUUGGUAUGGUCAAGUAUCUCAAGUCCAAGGUCAAGAAGAUGGAGAUAGGCAGCAAGAUGCGUAAGGACGUCUGGCUGCGCGAGAUCGAGAGUCUUCAGGGCCAAGGCGCGCCGUCGACUAUGAUCGCUGUGUGCGGAGCUACUGGCGCUGGGAAAUCUUCUAUCCUGAACGCGAUUUUGGAUGACAACAUCGUCCCUACCAGUGGAAUGAGAGCUUGUACCGCCGUCGUGACGGAGAUUGCUUACCAUAAAGAGAAGACCAUCGCUGCUGACGUUGCCUUCCUCGGUUUGAAGGAAUGGCGCGACGAGCUUGGUGUUCUUCUCGAUGACCUCGUCGACGAAGACGGAAGCAUUAAGCGAACAACGAAUUUGAACAGCGACGCAGGCAUUGCCUGGUCGAAGGUCCAUGCAGUAUAUCCUUCCAUUACUCAGGAUCAAAUCGGCAACAUGACGGUCGACCAAAUUAUUGCUCGUGAUCCAAGAAUCGCUAAGAUCUUAGGCACUACCAAGAAGAUUGUCGCCAAAGACUCCAAGACUUUCGCCCACGAGAUUGCUAAGUACAUCGACUCGAAAGACCAGAAGCGGGGCGACAAGAAGGACAAGAAGAAGAAGGACGAGGAGAAGGCGAAAGCCAAAGAGGGUCCUAGUCUUAUGGAUACACUCCGCGGUGGGAAGGAUAAGACGAAGAAGGACAAGGACAAUUCGGAGGGUCCUGCCUUCUGGCCGCUUAUUCGUCAGGUCAACGUAAGGUGCAACUCCCAUGCGCUGUCAACCGGGGCGGUACUUGUCGACUUGCCUGGUGUGGCAGAUGCAAAUGCUGCAAGAAAUUCCAUUGCGAAAGACUACAUGAAGAAAUGUAACUGUAUUUGGAUUUUGGCUCCGAUCACCCGUGCCGUAGACGACAAGACGGCCAAAGACCUCCUCGGUGAUGCCUUCAAGUCUCAGUUAAUGAGUGACUACGAUGCGCACACCAUCACAUUCAUUGCCUCGAAGUGCGACGACAUCUCCUGUUCUGAGGUCAUCGGUGCUUUGGGACUCGACGAGGAGCCAGAGCUCGAGGCCAUCGAAGAGCGUAUCGACGAGUGUAAGGAGCAGACGAGCGAAUGGAAGUCGAAGGAAUCCGAAGCGAAGAACACGAUCAAAGAUAUCGAGGAACAGAUGAAGCAAGUCCGAGCCAUGGGGAAGGAGUACGAAGAACACUUGAAGGCUCUCAAGAACGGUGAAGAGUUCACACCCCGUCUUACUGGCAAAGCCUCCAAGAAAGAGAAGGCGAGUGCUGGUACGAAACGCAAGAACACCCAUGGAGACAAGAAAUCUUCCAAGCGCCGCAAGACAGGCGGUGAUAGCGACCAUGAAGACGAAGAUGCUGACAUGGACGAUUUCGACGACUUUGACUCUUUCAUCGCCUCGGACAAUAGCGACUCCGAAAGCGAGAAGGGUGAGGAUGAUGAUGGCUCGGACGCCUCGAAAUCUGGAUCUGAUGCCGAGAAUGACGACGAAGAGAACGAGGAGGCUGAUGAGCCAGUGACGGAGGAGAGUCUGAAAGCGAAGAUUACCGAGACGAAAGAAGCAAUCAAGGCGGGGAGAGAGCGCCUCAACGAGAUAAGGAGGGCGAAGAAAGAGGCCAGCGAUAUGCUCUCCAAUCUCAAGAAGAAGCAGGUCAAGGCACAGAGGGACAAGAACGCUUUUUGCUCCUUGAAGCGCUCGGAGUUCUCUCGUGACGUCCUCAAAGAGGACUUCCGUCAAGGUCUCAAGGAGCUCGAUGACGCCGCUGCCGAGCAGAGAGAUCCCGAUAGCUUUGACCCCACACAGAAUCUCCGCGACUAUGCUGCGAUUGAUCUUCCCGUUUUUACCUGUAGCUCUCGCGACUACGUCAGGCUCAAAGGCCAAGUCAAGGGCGAUGGGGACCCUACAUGUUUCUCGAAUGCCGCUGAUACAGGAAUACCCGCCCUUCAAACCUGGUGCCAGACCCUUACCGUCUCGUCCCGCGAGCGUGCGGCACGCAACUUCCACACUCAUCUCAAAGCCUUCGCCAAGUCCGUCCGCCAAUACAUCGAAUGCGCGGGCGAAGUGACUGAGUCCGACCGGGCCUCUCUGAAAGAGAAAUGGGAGAGCGGCUAUGUCCGCAACGGAGGCUGGGAUGAUAGUUCAGAUGGCGGGAUGGAUAACGACUUCUUCCAGACACUGACGAACGGCGUUUAUGGGAAUGGAUUGGGCGGACGUGGUCUCUUGACCAUGGAGGACCGUGCGCCCAAGGUCGAUGCCUGGGGUCAGCCCGUGGGGAUAACGCCCCGCCUCAUCAAGGAAUUCGGGGUUAUCGUGGACAAAUGUGUUCAAGACCUGAAAGAAGAGUUCAAGGAAGGCCUCCAGGAGAAAUGUGAAGCCAGCGCUGAAUUGGCCUCAAAAAUGGCAACAGCAACUAGCGAUGAAUUUGCUGGCAGUAUGCAUUGGGCAUCGUACCGUGCCACCCUUCGUCGCCACGGAUCGUUCCGUCGCGAUCUGAACGUUGAGCUCAUCUCCCCCAUGACUCGAAACAUCGCAGCCUCCUGGUCAAAGGUCUUCGAAGCCGAUCUGUUUGCUUCCUUCGAUGCCUCCGUAAAUUCCACUAUCACCAAGGUUUUGAAGGAGAUCGAGUCCUCCGCCGCAUCGGGGCUGAAGGAUCGUGUCAAGACGCAGGCCGAGGCCUGUAUGGAGGAAGCGCGCGUCGCGCUCAAGAAUAUCCUCGAUGUCGUUCGCGACACUAUGAAUGCCGAGCAGAAGGAAGUGUCGCGUUGCAUCGCACCUCAUGUUCAGCAGCAGCUUGUCGAAGGGUAUGAGGAUGCUAUGGAGGAACGUGGAACAGGAAGUGUGGCACGCCAGAAGGCCGUUUUCCACAAGUUCAUUGCUGAGAACAAGGAUGGUAUUUUCCACGACGGUGCAGACACCGUCAUGGAACGUCUCUCUAAGGCCGCGGAAUCCGUCGGGGCCGCUUUGAAGGGUUCUCUUCGCGAUCUUGCUGAGAAGGUCGAAGUCAGUGUUGCUGUUCUUUGGGAAGGGGUUCGAGACGAUGCCGGCCAAGUAUCUGCGCGCGCCGAAGUUAUAGAGUCUAUCGAGGAGAUUAAUCGUCAGCUCUCGCUCUGGUCCAUGGCGAGAGAUAUGCGCGACGCCUCCGCUGCACAGAUUGAAGGUCCUCCAGCCGUUCCAGGGCCUGUCCCGCUCUUGGGCCAGGCUUGA